CAUUAGUUAUUUGUUUCAUUUUGAGUAUUUUUGGACAUGCUGAAGGCCAAGGCCGUUAGACCCUUUUUGGGAGGAGAUCAUGGUCCACUUUUAGGAGAUGAUCGAAGUCCAUUUACUGAAGUGAAUAGGACAUCAUGGGAUGUCGAAAGUUUCAAUACACAAAAAUAGAGAGGUGGUUCCCUUGAAGAUGCAACCAAAGUGGCCAUUUAACAGCAAUUUCUUCAAAUUGGUACAUAGGAAGCGGCUGCUAUUUUCCCCCAACAAUGGCCGCUUUCUUCUGUAGAAGAUUGCGCCCAUCAAACGGAAUUAUUGGCAGCUCAUGGCGGCGCAUUAUCCAACUCCAAACAGUUCCUUUUGCACAGCCCAUCGGAAAAUUCUUAUCGUCAGAUAGACUCCCGUCGAAAGACGAAGAGCAAGAGCUUGUCAUCGCCACCAUCGCUGCCUCCUCUUCCAAGAAAGUAGCCGGGAACGCGGAGAUUGUCAAAACCAUCCUGAGGGACUACGGAUUCACCGAUGCCCGGAUCUCCAAAUUCGCCGCAGUGCGCCCCUGUAUUCUCUCUUGCAAUCCGGACAAAAUCCUCCUUCCCAAACUCGAGUUCUUCCGCUCCAUAGGCCUGUCGAGCACGGACCUCCCGAGAAUCAUCUGGGCAAGCAAGGGCCUGUUGUUCCGGAGCCUGGAAAAGCAGCUUAUCCCUUGCUAUAAUUUCCUCAAGAGCGUGCUUCUUCUCGACGAAAAUGUCGCCAAGAUGCUGAAGCGCGGCCCCAGCAUUCUUCUGCACGACGUUCACAAGACGAUUGCCCCAAAUAUAGCCGCGCUGAGAGAAGUGGGCGCGCCCCAAUCCAUCAUCUUCUUCAUGUUGCUUCGUUCCCCCCGGACGAUACAUCAGGAUACACAGAAGUUCAAAGAAAGCCUGAACAAAGCCGUGCAAAUGGGAUUCAACCCGUCGAAAUCGACAUACGCGAAUGCCGUCCAAGUGCUCUGUGAAAUGCACGAGUCAACUUGGGAUCAUAAAAUGGAGGUUUACGGGCGCUGCGGCUUGUCCAGAGAUGAAGUUCUGCUGGCAUUCAGGUCACACCCACUCUGUAUGUACUUAUCCGAGGAGAAAAUUACGCGAGCAAUGGAUUUUCUUGUUAAGGAGAUGGGUUGGAAACCAGCCGCCGUUGCCCGGUACCCUGCCGUCAUCUUCUUUAAACUGGAGAAGAGGAUCAUGCCACGAUGCGCAGUUAUUAAAGUUCUAAUGGAACGUGGCUUGGUGAAGAAAGAUAUAAGCUUGAGUACGUUUUUAGUGCCCGGUGAGAAAUCUUUCUUGGGUAUGUAUGUGAAGAGAUACGAAGAUGAUAUUCCAGGUCUGAUGGGUGUUUAUAUGGGAAAGGGAACUUCUCAGGCCAAGAUUUGAGUGAAGGAGAUGAAAUCAGCCGAAUUAAUGGUUUCAGGCAUUGAAAUUGUUUGUAAGUUUGUUUUUCAUGUGAUGAGAAGGCGAUUCCAGGGUUGAUGAGCAUAUACGAAGGGACAGAGUGAGGGCUUGGUUGGUAUCCAUCUCCAUCAAAUGGCAAGUUGGGGCCGGUGAGGUUAGGCUGUUCUCAUUUUUGAGAUUAUUGGUUAAAUCUCAAGAUUAAGUGUUGUUUUAGUUAAAAGGAUUGCUGGUUAUCUUCAACUUAAUUGCUUGCUGUUUCGAUUUUAUUGAGCUUCAGUGAUAUUGUCU